AUGACCAUUGUUUCAACGUCUACUUCAGAAGAAAAACCAGUGUCUAAUUCGAAAGUUAAGGAGAAUGGCUCACAGAUACCAGAAGAUGGUACCUUAUUGCAGUCAUCAGAGAUCGUGGAGGAGAAGCAGAAGCAGAAGAGGAAGAGAAAUGAGAAUCCAGGUGUUCGUAUUAUCGGCAAUCGAAUCUAUGAUUCUGAGAAUGGGAAAACUUGUCAUCAGAUCAAUGCAUUUGAAGAUCAACUCUGUAGAUACCGAUUAUGCAUUUCAAAGCUGUAUGGCGUGAAAGCAGAAGAGAUGUCGGUUGUAGAGGAUUGGUUUUGUCCUAAGUGCAGAGACAAUUGUAAUUGCAGCUUUUGCAUGAAGAAAAGGGGGCACAAACCUAUUGGUAUACUCGUGCACACCGCUAAGUCAAUUGGUUUUUCUUCUGUUUCGGAGAUGCUUCUAGCCCAAGGUUCCGAUUAUCAGUCAGGAAAGGAAAAUCCACUUUCCAUACAAGAAAAACAUGGCAAGAACAUUGUAAGUGAAGAUAUUGUUAUCGAUCUUGAUGAUCAAAAAUGUAGGAAAAUGAAAAAUAUUCGUAGAAAAAUGGAAUUAAAAGUUGGUGCUGAAAUUCCACUUCCUAGAGGAUCAGAAAUAAAAACGGUAUUAUCGAUUGAACUGCAACCGGAAGAAAUCGGUCCGGCAUUACAGUUCUUAGAAUUUUGCAGUACUUUUGGAGAGAUUAUUGGACUAAAGAAAGAUGAGUCGCAGUUCAUUCUCAGAGACAUGGUUCGUGGGGGGCGUGGGCGUCAAGGGAAAUUUUCUCCGGUUGCAAAUUUUUUUGUUCAGUUACUAUCAUUACUGCAAUCAAAUUCGGGAGAAAGGUCUACCGUGAUAAGCAAUUCUUCAAGCCAUGAAAAUUCAUGGCUUCGUGCACUCCACAAAUAUCUUUUUGAAUCAAAUUAUCUAUGUAAACAACUAAAGUUAGAUCAAUUUGAUGGAGGAGCGGAUAGUUACGAUAGACUGAACUUAAAUGAAAGAUUUAAACUUUUGAACUUUGUAUGUGAUGAAGUUCUUUGCACCAGAAAGGCAAGGUCAUAUAUAGAUGAACAGAAGUUAAAAAACUUUGAGAAAGUGAAAGAUAUUAAAGAAAAAUUAGUUGUUGCUAAGAAUAAGGAGAAUCAAUUCAAACAAAAGAUGAAGGACGAGAUGGCUCAAGCUGCAAAAAAUUGCAUUCCACUUUCCGAGCAUAAAGAGAUAGUAUCUAAAUAUAAGAUGCAAGUAGUCGAAGCUCAUAAUGAAAUGCUACAGUCAAAAGAAAUGUUGUGCACAGAAAAACAACAUUGCAAGGCUAAUAGGACAAAUCCUAUUCUGGUAGACACCGAAGGCCACUCAUUUUGGAGAUUGAAGGGUUUUGAUGAUGAGAUUAAUGUUUUACGUCAAGAUGUAAGUCUCCAACAUGAAUCUGAGUCUAGUGAAAAAUGGUUCACAUAUGAAAAGCAGCAGGAAGAGAUUAAGAAAUAUUUAUCUUACAGGUAA